AUGUCCAACGCAACCACCGAAGAACCAAAAAAGACAGCAAAACGCGAUGCAUUACGCGCAACCGAGCACCGAAUCCAAAAAAUAUGGCAAGAUGCCAAAGUCUUCGAAGUGAAUGCACCGACUCUAGACGAGAUCUCGCUUGAACAAGAGAUCUCUGGCGAAAUCAAGUUGCAUGAACGGUACCCAAAGUAUAUGGGCACUUUUCCUUAUCCAUACAUGAAUGGAAGAUUACAUUUAGGUCAUUUUUUCACAAUUAUUAAACUGGAAUUUGCUACCGGAUAUGAACGAAUGAAGGGAAAACGGGCAUUGUUUCCGUUGGGUUUUCACUGUACUGGUAUGCCGAUAAAGGCAUGUGCAGAUAAGCUAGCACGAGAAAUAAAGGAAUUCGGUCCAAAUUUUGAAAUACCAAAUGAAAUAGAAGAUAUUGUUAACGAUUUAACAUUGAACGAUAGCACUGACCCAAAUUCUGCCGCAACUACCACAAAUUCCUCUAGCAUAUCCGGAAAAACUGUGAAUAAAAAAGGAAAAGUUGCGGCAAAAUCUACCGGACAGAAAUAUCAAUUUCAAAUUAUGCGUAGUAUCGGAGUACCCGAAAAAGAGAUUGCUAAUUUUGCUGAUGCAAAUUAUUGGUUAUCGUAUUUUCCGCCGUUGGCUAUUCAAGACUGUAAAUCCAUAGGAGCAAAAAUUGAUUGGCGCCGUUCAUUCAUUACCACUGACGUCAAUCCAUAUUACGACUCAUUUGUGUGUUGGCAAAUGCGAAAACUAAAAUCACUAAAUAAAAUAAAGUUUGGCGAGCGAUACACGAUUUAUUCACCGUUGGAUGGACAGCCGUGUAUGGACCACGAUCGACAAAGUGGAGAAGGUGUCGGACCACAAGAGUAUACAGUGAUUAAGUUGAAGGUUAUUGAGUGGAGCGAGAAGGCGAAAAGUGCAAUUACUCCAUUCGAGCAUUUGUUGAGUGAAAAAUCUAUUUUCCUUGUGGCUGCCACUCUUCGACCUGAAACAAUGCGAAUUACUUAUGGCCUUUUCAAAAUCAAUGAAACCGACAUAUUUUUGUGCACGAAACGAGCAGCAAGGAACAUGGCGUUUCAAGGGUACUCGAAUGAACGAGGUUUAGUAACUCAAUUAGCAGAAAUAAAAGGUGCUGCAUUAAUAGGCACAAAAGUUAAGGCCCCUCUAAGUAAAUACGAAGGCGUAUAUGUACUUCCAAUGGAGAACGUUCUGUCUACAAAAGGAACUGGUGUAGUAACAUCUGUUCCUUCCGACUCGCCUGAUGACUUUGCCACUUUACAAGACCUAAAGAAGAAACCUGAAUACUACAACAUUAAUCCCGCCUGGGCUGAUUUUGAACCUAUCCCCAUAAUCAACACCCCCACAUAUGGAGACUUGUCAGCGCCAGCUGUAUGCAAACUAAAGAAAAUCAAUUCACAAAAAGAUCGUGUGCAAUUGGCGGAAGCCAAAGAACUUGUCUACAAAGAAGGAUUUUAUAAUGGUACAAUGAUUUACGAGACUUUCAAGGGUCGAACUGUGCAAGAGGCGAAACCGCUGAUUAAAGAUUUGUUGAUAUCAACUGGUCAAGGGUUUAUCUACAAUGAACCGGAGAGUUUGGUGAUGUCUCGAUCAGGGGAUGAAUGUGUUGUGGCGUUGUGUGAUCAGUGGUAUUUGGAUUAUGGGGAGGAAAAAUGGCGAAAGCAAGCAGAAGACUGUUUGUCUAAAAUGAAUACUUACGGAAACGAGACAAGGCAUCAGUUUGAACAAACUUUGGCUUGGUUGAACCAAUGGGCCUGUGCGAGAUCAUAUGGUCUUGGUAGUAGAUUACCUUGGGAUCCACAAUAUUUGGUGGAAAGUUUAUCGGAUUCUACUAUUUAUAUGGCUUAUUACACAGUGGCUCAUUUAUUACAUGGAGGAACACUCGAUGGAUCAAAGCCAGGACCUCUUGGCAUCAAACCCUCCGAACUAACAGAUGAAGCAUGGGAUUACAUUUUCACUGACUCGGCUUCAUACCCCACCAACACCACAAUUUCCAAAGAAAAACUCGACACAUUAAAACGCGAAUUUAAAUAUUUUUAUCCGCUGGAUAUUCGAAUAUCCGGCAAAGACCUAAUCCCCAACCAUCUUACUUUUUUCAUAUACAACCACGUCGCCAUUUUCCCAGAAAAUUAUUGGCCAAAAGGUGUGCGUGCAAAUGGCCAUCUACAAUUAAACCGUGAGAAAAUGAGUAAAAGUACCGGAAAUUUUAUGACCGGCUCAGAUGCUAUUGAAAAAUACGGCGCGGAUGCUACACGUGUUGCGCUUGCUGAUGCUGGGGACGCAAUUGAGGAUGCUAAUUUUGAAGAGUCAACUGCUAAUGCGGCUAUUCUUCGUCUUUAUACUUUGAGGGAGUGGUGCGAGAGUCAAGUAAAGAAUAAGGAUGCUUUACGAACAGGUCCUGUGACCAGUUUCCAUGAUCAAGUAUUUAUUAAUGAGGUUAACAAGUUUAUACAAAUGACAGAUAAAGCGUAUGAAGAAGGCUGCGACUCACGCGACUGGUAUCGAGAAGCCACAUCGCAAGAAGGAAUGCAUCGUGAUUUGGUGUUGUGGUGGAUAGAAGUUCAAACGUUGUUACUUGCUCCGAUUGCACCUCAUUGGUCAGAACAUAUAUGGCAGGAUCUUCUGAAAAAGGAUAGUCUCAUUGUCAAUGCACAAUUCCCGAAAGCGACUGCAUCUCCGGACGAAAGCAUUCUCAAAGCCGCCGAAUACGUACGAAAAAUGAUCAAAUCCGUACGAGACCUUGAGAAUGCAACACAACGAAAGAAAAAGAAGGGAAAGGUCGAACAAUUUAAUCCUUCAAAACCGAAGCAUUUGAACUUGUUUGUGGCUACUAAGUUUCCCGAGUGGCAAGAUUCGACGGUCGAUGUAUUAAGACAGAGUUAUAAUGAGGAAACACAAACAUUCGACGACGCAAAAAUCCGCACAAUUUUAACCGAAAAAGGGCUCUUGAAAAACAAAAAAACAAUGCCAUUCGUGCAAGAAUUCAAGAAACGUGUCGAGAAAUUUGGCGCUUCAGUGGCAUUUGAUCGUGCGCUGUUGUUUGAUGAGUAUGACACACUCAUCACUACAUGCGAAUUCUUUAAACGUAGUUUGGGAUAUGAGAAGUUGGAUGUUUAUAAGUCGGAGGAAGUUGUUGGUGUUAAUACUGAUAGUCAUCCUGUUGAAGAUCAGAACGCGGCCGAGGCUGCUGUUCCUGGCGAACCAGGGGUUCCCACGUCACCUACAACCUCAACAGCUUCUUCCUCCACAAAUUUACAAGAAUCAACUAGAAUUGUGUCGGAGGCGGUGUUUAAACUAGGCUGGAGAGAUGUUGUUUAUAAAACCCGUGAUUUACUACUGCUAUAUAAAUUAAUUGGACACUUUUAUAAAUUUGAUUUAGGUGGAAACUGUUAUACAGCAACUGUGGAAGACAUGGGAACACGAAUAGACUCGCUCGAGAAGUCGCUUGGCGAAUUGAUGCAACAAGCUAUCGCGGAAGAGGUUCUUUUGCAGGAGGCGACUAACAACUAA